GGCCACGGCCAUUUUGCUGCUCAGGUGGAGGUCAUAGGGUCAGGAAUCGCAGGGUGCACGGCCGGGAGGUGUUUGAUGAAAUGUCUCGGUGAAGACGGCAUCCGCAUGAGUUGGACAGGAAGUGGCCGGACUGCCGGGGGUGUUGUUCUGAAUUCUGAUUUCUUCCUUUGUUUGCCAUGGGGCUCAAGGGAGAACAGUAACAGGUAAGUGGCUUUGUUUACUCCAGGCAUAGAGUGAGACUGAGAGAAAUAUCUACUAUGGUUUCUGAAUCUGUUUAUGUCUCAUGCAAGUAUUGCUAACAACGAGUGGAAGGUGGUUAGCGAGAUGCCUUAGAGUGAGGGUGACUUCUAUGGUGAAGUUCCACUUCGCGCACUGCCUCGGUCUGCGUCAAGAAAUCUACAGUUGCAACGACCAACGACGAAUGCAACCAGCUGUCCAAUUUUGUUAUACAAUUCAAAGUCCACUGCCUACCAUGUUUGACCUGAAAAGCUAGUAUAUGGUGGCACUAGUGCACUGAUGACUGGCGACUGGGAAGCCACCUCUUCCUUAAUUCCCAUAUGUCUGUUCGGUUGGGAAUAGGUCCAUAUAUCUGUUCGGUUGGGAAUAGGAGGGAUGAUCUACCACUCACGCCAGUGAGCAAGAAAUAUCUCCUGAAAUGGAGAUAUCGAUCAAGUGGAGGCACACUCCUUCCAGGACAAUCUUUGAAUGCUAACCAGACUUUACUGUCAGAAAAUGGUGCCUUCAAGUUGGGUUUCAACUGCUCAGCCCUAUCAUCUGAUUUUUCGGGCUGUGCUAUUGCUAUGUGGUUCACUAACUCCUCAUCUUGUAGUUAUGAUUAUUUGCCAGUUUGGCAACUGGAUUUGUAUUGCAGUUGUGAUUCCUCAUCAAUUAACCUCUCAGAGAAUGGCGUAUUGCAAAUAAAUGAUGGCUAUCACACUCUUCCGAUCUCAAAUUACACGAGGACCACUUCCGUAUCUGCUGUUACAGUGCUUCUUGACAACGGAAAUCUUGUCAUUAGAGACCAAGUAAAUAGUUCCGUAGUGCUCUGGCAGAGUUUUGAUAACCCAACUGGUACACUGCUCCCUGGAGGGCGCCUGGGGUUCAAUUCAAUCACCGGCAUUAAUGUCUCCAUUACUACUUAUUCUAGUAUUUGGUAUAACCCAAAUGAUCUAGUCUAUACUCUGGCACUGGAUGCAACUAGAAGGCAAGGGUUUAUUAUCCAGCGUAACCCCAUUGGUUUGGUGUUGCGGGUACUUUUCCUAGCUGGAUGGAAAUUCAUGAAGAUGGAGAUUAUGCGCUAACAUUAAAUGGAACACAUGCAUACAUGCGUUUAAAUAGCUCUGGAUUUAUUGAAUUUGUUAAGCAAGACGUAUGCAGUUCUGUUCUAUGGUCUGCGCCAGAAAGUUUAUGCGACUUUGAUUCAUACUGUGGACCUUACGGCCUCUGCACUAGGUCAGGCUCUUGCAUAUGCCCUGUAGGUUUUGUUUCACAAUACACAGGGAAGUGAAUUGCUGCUGGUUGUUCAAGGGUGGUACCUAUGAAUUGUGAAAGGGGUGUCUCAACUCAUCCAGAAACUGCAUUUUAUACAAUAGAUGGUGUGUAUAAAUACCCUCAAAACUCUUGGCCUUCAGAUGCUAGAAGCAUGAAAGAGUGUGAAGCCUCUUGCACAAGGGACUGUACAUGCACUGCCUUUGCUUACAAUACAACAUGCCUACUUUGGUUUGUAGAGUUGCGGAACACAGUAAUACUUGACUCAGGUUCAGAUGGUAAUCGGUUGUACAUGCGUAUUGCUACCAAUCAACAACAGAAUUCAGGCUCUAGAGCUGCUCCUCAAUUUCCAAACCAAAAGAAGGUAGUUGUUCUAUCAGUGAUGGGUAUGUUAGCCAUCAUUGCUAUUAUUCUGAUCUUUUUGUGGAGAUUCCGAAUAAAAUUACUCGCAGCAAAGCCGAUGUUUGAAAAUGGAAGCCUCAUGGUUUUUUCAUUUGCACAAACAAAGAACUCAACAAAAAAUUUCUCUGAAAAACUUGGAGAAGGUAGCUUUGGCUCUGUUUUCAAGGGGACAAAUUUAGGUUCCAUGACCGUGGCUGUCAAGAAGUUAAAAGACCUCAGACAAGGAGAGAAGCAGUUUCGGGCAGAGGUACAGACUGUUGGGAUGAUUAAGCACACCAAUCUUGUUCGUCUGCUUGGAUUCUGUGCUGAUGAAAGCAAUAGAUUGCUGGUUUAUGAGUACUUUACAAAUGGCUCCUUAAACUCCCAUCUCUUUUCUGGGAGUUCCACAAAGUUGAGCUGGGAACUGCGUUACCAAAUAGCACUUGGAAUAGCAAGAGGUUUAGCUUAUCUGCACGAGGAAUGCAAGGAUUGCAUUGUACACUGCGACAUCAAACCGGAUAACAUACUUCUUGACGCAGAGUUAUGUCCUAAGAUUGCAGAUUUCGGUAUGGCAAAGCUCAUUGGUCGAGAUUUCAGCAGAGUACUAACAACAAUGCGAGGGACCAUCGGAUAUCUUGCACCGGAGUGGAUCUCAGGUUUGCCAAUCACACAUAAGGCAGAUGUUUACAGCUACGGAAUGGUGCUUCUUGAAAUCAUAUCAGGGCGAAGGAACUCGGAGAAAAUCAAUGAAGGGAAACACACAUACUUUCCUUGCUAUGCUGCAUGUAAGGUGAAUGAAGGUAAUGUCAUGUGCCUGCUGGAUAGCAGGUUGGAAGGGAAUGCUGAUGACGAGCAGCUGGAGAGAGCUUGCAGGAUUGCAUGCUGGUGCAUUCAAGAUGCUGAGGAUCAGAGGCCAACGAUGGGGCAAAUUGUUCUCAUGCUAGAAGAUGCUAUUGAUGUUUUAGUCCCUCCUAUUCCGAGGUCACUUCAGAACUUUGUGGGGUUGGAGUAUGAUUCUACUCACUCUGCAGAACUUUAGCUAAUAUCUGAAGUCUCUCAAGUAUAGAUUGGAAUUUGUGCUCUACAGGAUCUGAUUCUAAGAUACUUCAAGUUCAUGCAUUUUUGUAAUAUUUUUCUUUAUCUGCAGAAAAUGCAAGUUGUAUUAUGCGUCCUUCAGGCCUUCAAGUUUCAGCUCAUGUAUCCCUGGGCGACUUGCCCGUUUAUUAUUUGCUUAUAUAUGUGGACUUAUGGGCCUUGGUCC